AUGUCAAAGCAAGACGGCGUUGCCAGCCUAUGGCGGGGGUCGGGUCUUACAGUCAACUGCGCAAUGAUUGUGACCGUAUCACAACUUGCAUCAUAUGAUCAGGCCAAGGAGAUGAUCCUGGAAAAGGGUUUGAUGAAUGGCGGGAUUGGCACCCAUGUUACUGCAAGUUUUGUGGCUUCUGUUGCUUCAAAUCCAAUUGAUGUGAUCAAGACUAGAGUAAUGAAUAUGAAGGUGAAGCCUGGGGUGGAACCACCUUAUAAGGGUGUACUGGAUUGUGCAAUGAAGACAAUCAAGGCAGAGGGUCCUAUGGCCUUGUAUAAAGGGUUUAUCCCUACAAUUUCAAGGCAAGGACCUUUCACUGUGGUGCUAUUCAUCACAUUACAGCAAUUUCCAGGUGGUGGAGAGAGGAAUGGGAUGGAGGGAAUUGUAGUUGGGAUAGGGAUAGUGGGGAUUGAAGGCAUGCUUGGCAAUGGAGGCAAUGUGACCUUGGGGAGAGUAGGCAUGGUUGGCAGGCUAGGAAGUGGAGGUAGAGUGGGCUUAGGGAAUGAAGGUUGA